AUGGAGGGUAUCUACAAAGUCAAUUUGAUACCGAACGACCUGAGCAUGGAAGAGAGCAUACUGCAGGUAGCCGAGACCCUCGACAACCUCAACGGUAUAGUCGACGACGUGUCCGCACGCGUGACGCUCAGGGUCCAACGGAAUAUGGACAGAACCGAACAAUUGAGGAAGCGCAUUGAAACAUCCAGGGCUAAGGUCGACAAGCUCAAUGGCAUGCAGAAAGCCAUAAAGGUGUUCUCCAGCGCCAAGUACCCGACGUCGAUUGUUCACAGCCACUACAAGUCCGUCUUCGACCUGGACUGCUACACGCACCGGCCCCGCAAGGUCGCGCUAAGCGGAAACGCUCGGAGGCAGUCGAACGAGAAAAAGAUACAGGAGAAACUACACUUCUACCACGUGAAAGUCGCCGACACGAAAGACACGGAGCCCCAGCCGGAACACGAUUUGCAAUCUGCGCUAGAAGACGCUUCAACGGUAGGGGACCUACUCAUUUUCAACACCGACGAGACGCCGUACGUCCGCAGUGUGACCAAGCAGACCGCUUACGUGCCACGGGUGGUCACCGGCGUCGAGAGUAAGGUGGCGCUGGACGACGCGCCGCCGUCGAUACUCAAGAGGAAUGUACUGAAACGGGAGGCGGACGAAUACAUGUACGCGCCGGGCAUGGGAAUGGUGCCGGAGCUGGACAUGCCCCUCGACCUGCCCCACCUGCCGGGCGUGGCGGGCGACGUGCAGUUCUCGUUCACGGCGGACGGCUCUAUUGCGCCGUCCGUCGUCACCUCCCCCUGCGCGCCCCCGGUUCCGGACAUCCCGGAGCUGGACUUGGGCGAGCUGCCGGACGUCGGGGGCCCGGCCGCCGCCCCGCUGCCGGAUGUUCCGGACGCGCCGCCCCCGCUCCCGCCGGCGCUGCCGUCACCACCCCCGCCCCCGCCCCCGCCUCCGCUCGCCCAGAGCGCUCCGCUCGCCCCUCCGCCCCCGCCGCCGCCACCGCCACCGCCGACGGAGCUAGAGACAUCGAAGCCGAUAAGAGAAGAAAAGCCUAAACAGCAACUGCCUCCAUCAACGGGAGAUGCUCACGCGAACCUGAUGGCUGCCAUAAGGCAGGCCGGUGGCGCGGGCCGAGCCAAGCUACGCUCGGCGGCAGAGUCCACACCAGUCCAGGGCACGAAGGCGCCUGUCGGCGGUGAUCUGAUGGCGGAUCUCCACGCCAAGCUGUCGAUGCGCCGCAGGGGGAUAUCGGGUGCCGAGCGCACCGGCGGCUCAUUGCUACAGACCCUGGCCAGCAUCAUACCGGAACCCGGCGAGCAGUCCUCCCCGCAGCACUCGUCCAGCGACGGCGAAUGGGAC